AUCGUAUUCCCCGAGCAAAUACUAUCGGUUCGGCAGCGCAUCACACACAAAGCGAAAAAAAGGAAAAUACGGGUGGCCAGCUAGCAAAAAUCUCCGAAAUUCAACGAACCCAGACGCCGAGACUUGUGCUUAUUGUACUUCCUCGAGUACAUAUACUAGUUCCUGUGCUCCGUCCGCCCAAGCCAGCAAAAUAACCAAGUUCAACAUACGCCUGGACAACAUAAUGUCGAAGAACAAAAAACUGUCGCUGUCGGGCGGCGAUACGGCGGAGAAAUUUAUUUACAAACCCAAGGAUCUGAUAUGGGCCAAAAUGAAGGGCUUCACUCCGUGGCCGGGAAUGAUUGUCGAUCCACCUCUUGAUCUGCUUAGCCAGCAGCGCAGGGCGAAUACCAAAUGCGUGUUCUUCUUUGGAUCUAGAAACUUUGCCUGGAUUGAGGAGAACAACAUCAAGCCCUUCGAGGGGCCCUGGAAGGAUGAGCUGGCCAAGGUGAGCAAGCCUGCUGCUUUCCGGCACGCCAUGACGGACAUUGAAAAGUACAUUGACGACCCCGCCGAGGUGGACGCACAGGUGAACAAAUCGUGUGGGGAGCCCAACCAUGCCACCGAGGCCGACUUCGACAAGAUCCGCGAUGGUCUGGACAGCGAGGAGAAUGCGGGAGACGAGGCAGCUGCCGAUGGCAACAAUGGAGUGGUGGCCCAUGUGGUGGGCAGCCCCGAUGAGGGCGAGGGCCUGGAUGGGGAGGUCAAUGCGGAUUCCUCGGCAUCACCAGCGACGACGCCGGCGACCGCAACAAAGGCGGGGGGCAAGCGGACGCCGAAGGCCAAAUCCGUGGCCGCCGCGUCGGUCAAGUCGGCCAAGGGAUCGGCGACGAAAUCAGCACAGAAGCGGCGGACCUCCGCCCAACAGACGCCCAGUGGGACAUCGAAUGCCAAGCGCGGUAGGAGGGCUGCUUCCGGGGAGGCAGCGCAGGAUGCGGAUGCUGCCAGCUCCACGCCCACGGCCAGACGUCGGGUCGAAACUGAUGCACUUCUGGCCUCACUGGCUGCCAAGCGGGCCCCGAAUGCAAUUGCUCUGCUCGACCGUCCGGUGGUCACGCGACCAGAGACACAAGUCAUCGACAUGAGCUCGCGCUCCAACACGCUGGCCGAUCGCGAGAUUGUGCCCUCCGAGCAGACCUUCGGUUUCCUGGGUCUCGGCAUGAUGGGAUCGACCAUUGUCAAGGAUUUGAUAUACACGGGCCACAAGGUGGUGGUUUGGAACCGCACCAUUGACAAGUGCCAACCCUUUGCGGAGGCCGGUGCCGAGGUCAAAGACACUCCCAUGGAUGUGGUGGAGGCAGCCGACGUUAUCUUUUGCUGUGUGUCGGAUCCCAAAGGCGCCAAGGAUCUCGUUUUUGGCAACUGUGGCGUUCUGCAGUUGAAGGACUUGAACAACAAGGCCUACGUGGAAAUGUCUACCAUUGAUCCGGACACCUCGUUGGAUAUUGGUGAGGGAAUCAAGCAGUGCAACGGUCGCUAUCUGGAGGCACAAAUUCACGGCUCGCGCCAGGAGGCGGCCGAUGGCAUGCUCAUCAUCCUCGCUGGCGGAGAUCGUUCGGUGUUCGAGGAGUGCCACUCUUGCUUCAAGACCAUCGCAAAGAACACGUUCUUCUUGGGGACAGAUAUCGGGAAUGCCUGUAAAGUAAACCUAAUUUUGCAAACUAUUUUGGGAGUGAGUCUGGUCGGAUUAGCUGAGGCGUUAGCACUUGCUGAUCGUUUUUCAAUUUCUUUGAACGACAUCAUAGACAUUUUCGAUUUGACUUCGAUGAAAUCACCAAUGCUGCUAGCUAAAGGCAAAGAAAUGGCCAAGGGCGAUUUCAAUCCACAACAGCCUUUGAGCCACAUGCAACGCGACUUGCGUUUGGUGCUCAACAUGGCGGAGAACCUGGACCAGUCCAUGCCCGUCACGAGCAUCACCAACGAGGUGUUCAAGCACACCAAGCGCUUGGGCUACAGUGAACACGAUUCGAGCGCCGUAUUCGUAAGAUCCAGAUUUUAACAAUUAGUUAACACGACUAACGUUUAAACUAUAUUUUAUCAUUUAGUUUAAAGCGUACACCGAACAGAACAGAACAGUACCAACACUGACAAAAAACACAAGAACACAACAGAAACGCAUAACCCUCACUUACCCACUUACCC